AUGGGGACUACAAAACCCCGCCUCCCAAACAAAUCCUCAACCACCGAAGCGCGAGCGCGAUCCCUCCCGGAGAAGACCUUCAUCAUCGACAAUGGCGCAUACACCAUGAAAGCAGGCUAUGCGCCUGAAUCUCCUCCCUCAGAAGAGCCACUAUCAACCUGCAACACAAUACCAAAUACAAUCGCAAAAACACGUGGAAACCGCAUCUACAUCGGCUCACAGCUCAACGCGCAACCCACAGACCUGAAUGAGAUGAUGUUCCGGCGCCCGGUGGAAAAGGGAUACAUCGUGAACUGGGAAGCACAGAAAGAGAUUUGGGAGCAUUCGUUUUUCGAUGAAAAGACGGUGCGGAGUAAGGAGUUUAGGAUUGCGAGUCCCGAGGAAACGACGUUGGUGCUUACGGAGGCGCCGAAUGCUUUGCCGGUGCUGCAGAAGAAUGCGGAUGAGAUGGUUAUGGAGGAGUGGGGUUUCGGGGGGUAUUUGCGAUGCGUGGGUCCGUCGCUGAACGCUUGGAACGAAGUAUACUCGCUCUUUGGAGAUCCGAUUUCGCAGAAACCAGAUACCAUUGUGUCUCCCGCCGAAUGCCUACUUGUUGUCGAUUCCGGAUAUUCCCAUACCACCGUCACCCCGGUCUAUAAAGGACAACCUUUACAGCGCGCGAUCCGCAGGCUCGAUUUGGGAGGGAAACACUUGACAAAUUACCUCAAAGAGAUGGUAUCGAUGCGGCAAUACAACAUGGUUGACGAAACAUAUAUCAUGAACGAGGUCAAGGAGGCAGUCUGUUUCGUGAGUGACGACAUCUCCAGAGACAUGGAACGGACAUGGAAAGGGAACCGGAAGCGUGACCAACCUGACCCUGGUGAAGGGAUUGUGGUCGACUAUGUACUUCCGGACCCCAACGCAGGCAAAAAGGGCUUCAUGCGACCACAUGAUCCGCUUCUGGGUGCGAAGAAGAGGAAGAGUGUCUUGUCUGGGGAGGCCGGCGCUGAAGCAUUGUCCGAGGAUGUGUUGGUUCUGGGAAAUGAACGUUUUACAGUACCCGAGAUUCUGUUCACGCCAAGUGAUAUUGGCAUGAAGCAAGCCGGUAUAUCGGAUAUUAUACUUCAGAGUCUGUCUGUGCUGCCACCAGGGUUACAUCCAGUGUUUUUGGCGAACGUCUUGGUCGUUGGCGGGAACGCCUUGAUUCCCGGGUUCAUGGAGAGAUUACAAACGGAGCUACGCCAGAUUGCCACAUCUGAAUGCACCGUUCGAGUCCGAUGCCCCGAAGACCCUAUUCGCUCCGCUUGGCUGGGCGCAUCCCGACUCGCAACGAACAGAGACGAGCUAAAGAAAGUGGCCAUUACCCGCCAGGAGUAUCAAGAACACGGUUCUUUGUGGGCUGGUCGGAAGUUUGCUGGUGCUGUCUGA